UAAGCUGGGCAGCUCUGGGAGAGAGGAGUGCCAGACAGCUGUUGUCAGCAGGCACCUGCCCAGAGUGAAACACUCUCCGCCAAUGCCCAGGUGCUGAGCGACAGCGUCCCCCUGCCCCCAUGCCCACAAUGGCCUGCACCAAGACCCUACAGCAGCCCCAGCCCAUCUCCGCAGGAGCCACCACAACCACCACCGCUGCGGGCCCCGCCGUGGAUCAUCAUGGCUCCACAGAAUGCGACCUGGAGUGUCUGGUGUGUCGGGAGCCCUACAGCUGUGUCCGGUCACCCAAGCUGCUGGCCUGCCAGCAUGCCUUCUGCGCCAUCUGCCUGAAGCUCCUGCUGUGUGUGCAGGACAACACCUGGUCCAUCACCUGCCCGCUGUGCCGCAAGGUUACCGCCAUUCCCGGGGGCCUCAUCUGCAGCCUGCGUGACCACGAGGCGGUGGUGGGGCGGCUGGCCCGGCCAUGCACAGAGGUACCGCUCUGUCCUCAGGAGCUGGCGGAUCCUGCCGCCUUGGCAGCAGGGCACCCCAGCUUGGUGGGAGAGGAUGAGCAGGAUGAACUAAGUGCCAAUCACGUGGCAGCCCGGCGCCUGGCCGCACACCUACUCCUGCUGGCUUUGCUCAUCAUCCUCAUUGGGCCCUUCGUCUACCCUGGUGUCUUACGGUGGGUGUUCACCUUCAUCAUCGCCCUGGCCCUGCUGAUGUCCACCUUCUUCUGCUGUCUCCCCAGCACCCGGGGCAGCUGCUGGCCCUCCUCCAGGACUCUCUUCUGCAGAGAGCAGAAACACAGCCACAUCUCUUCCGUUGCCUAAGCCCCCUCUGAUGAGGCUGCACCUGCAGCCCUUUCUGCUCUUGGGCCCCGUGAAUUCCACAAUGAGCAGGGUAAGGGAUGACAGACUAAGACUGGCUUCUUUGGGAAGUCACAUGCCAGCGGGGCUUGCAAGCCAAAGCCGAGAUGGCCAUCCUGGGUCAAGAAUUACAUGCUUGGAUGGCAGGCUUGCCCCUGCCCUUGUGAUAGCAUAGCUGAACUGUUGGGGGUAGGGGAGGCGACACAAACUACUUGAACACGACUAGAUGGCAGGAGCGCCCGUUCCUCUUAUUCCAAUGUUCCUGGUCUUUUGUUAUAUAACUUGAUGAAAGUAUUGCAGUAUUGAUGCUAUUGUAGAAUAGAACUGGAAUUCCAUUUUUUUU